GAUCCAGUGAUUUUUGUGCCUGUUUACCUUUAUUAGUGGUUGGGAAGGGGGAGUGGAGUCAGAUCCCGUUCCUUACUUUUCUGUAAUAAUCUUGAAUACUAAAGAUUUGUGUUCUGAUCUUUAGACUAAACUGGUUCUUUGCUUUGAUCUUUUUUUCUCUUGCUGUGCCCAUUCAGUGUAGGAAGUAGAAGAAUCUUAUGUCCAACACUCUCUAAACCCAUUAAAUGGUUUUGAGUGGGUAUAGGUAAGCGAUGCCUCCCAAGGCAUAAAUAGGAGAUAGAAGCAUCCUACCUCCAUGGCCGAGGUAGGAGCCAUUGUGCAACUCUUCAGUGCCUCUUUUUCCCACCUGUCUGGUUAUCUUCUGGCAAGUCUUUUUAUUAUCCCCUUCCCUCCACUCUGAGUGCUUCAGUCCUGCUUGCCUAAAUGAGUGCCUGUUUCCUGACAUACUUUGGUAGAAUUGAGUGUGAUUGGGGGUUCAGGAAUAGAGCAGCAGGGUAUGCUUUACCUCAAAACCUUCUGCCUCUUAUAUUAACGUGAUCCCUUCCAUGCUUGGAUGCAAAUGGAUGGUGCAUGGAACAGUGCUUCCUGGCAUCCUAGUAACUGACUGCUACCAAAAUCCAUCUGGUUCUCCCUCCCGUGCAUAGAGUGCUCCCAAAAACAUCCUGAAACCAUGCGAGUGAGGGUAUCAAAAGGCACAUGGCAGACAGAAAUACCCUAGAGCGGGAUGAUAGGUGUAAUUUUGCUUUCGUCAUGUGGUUGAAUGGGAAUUUUUCUUCACUUGGAUUAUGUAGGAUAUGUAUGAAGAGCUUUCAGAGUAAAAUGUAACCCUGUGAUCAUCUGUAACCCAGACAGGUGCAAGCUCAUGUAAAACCUGUGGAAUAACAUGAUUCUCCAGCUGAUCUUCAAUUCAUGGUCUUUCUCAACAGCGCUAUGACUUCACUUUGACUGUAGGUCUAGCAGCCAGCCAGUGUCUCAAGUGUGUGCAUGUGACGUCAGGAUCUAUCAAGAUUUGUGGAGUGCAGUGCUAGAGCCAUACAGGAGAUGACUAGCCAGGGUUGGUACAGUAGGCCUCACUAAACUUAGCUGCAACUAAGAAUUUCUCCUACAUCAACUGAGUUAAGGCUGAUGCUCUUGUGGAAUGUGGAUUAAAAGUGCGUGCUAAGUUCCAAAUUUCCAUUUGAGAAGCGGAGAAAGUAAAUGUACCACAACCACCAGCAUCAGGACAGCAAACCAAGGGACAAAGAAUUUGAUCCACAGUGUUGAUAUAUGUUAACUGGUUCACGUGUUGCUUAAAAGACGUUUGCUGGGGGGCGAGAAGUGGACGUCAGCUGUGCGAAGUCAUUUUGUUUACAAAAAUGAGGGCUUCUUUGGAAACAGCAGACAUUGCCAUUGUGGCACUGUACUUCGUGCUUGUAAUGUGCAUAGGUUUUUUUGCCAUGUGGAAAUACAAUCGGAGCACCGUAAGUGGCUACUUUUUGGCAGGGCGUUCUAUGACCUGGGUAGCUAUUGGUGCAUCUUUAUUUGUGAGCAAUAUUGGAAGUGAACAUUUCAUUGGGCUCGCAGGAUCUGGAGCGGCGAGUGGAUUUGCAGUAGGUGCAUGGGAAUUCAACGCCUUAAUGCUUUUGCAGCUUUUAGGAUGGGUCUUCGUCCCAGUCUACAUCCGGUCGGGAGUGUACACCAUGCCUGAAUACUUGUCCAAGCGUUUUGGAGGGCAUAGAAUUCAAAUAUAUUUUGCAGCAUUGUCUCUAAUUCUUUAUAUCUUCACCAAACUCUCAGUUGACUUGUAUUCAGGGGCACUUUUUAUUCAAGAAUCGCUAGGCUGGAACCUCUAUUUGUCAGUUAUCCUCCUUAUUGGAAUGACUGCACUGUUGACUGUGACUGGAGGUCUUGUGGCUGUCAUCUACACAGACACCCUUCAAGCUCUACUUAUGAUUAUUGGUGCCCUCACACUUAUGAUCAUAAGUAUUACGGAGGUUGGUGGGUUUGAAGAAGUUAAAAGAAGGUACAUGUUAGCGUCACCAAAUAUUACGUCUAUCUUGUUGACCUACAACAUUUCCAAUACCAAUUCCUGCAAUGUCAACCCAAAGCCUGAUGCUCUUAAAAUGUUGCGCGAGCCAACAGAUGAAGACAUUCCCUGGCCUGGAUUUCUGUUGGGACAGACCCCAGCUUCUGUCUGGUACUGGUGUGCCGAUCAAGUCAUAGUUCAGAGAGUCUUAGCUGCAAAAAACAUUGCUCAUGCCAAAGGAUCCACUCUGAUGGCAGGCUUCUUAAAGCUGCUGCCGAUGUUUAUUAUAGUUGUCCCAGGGAUGAUUUCACGAAUACUGUUUGCGGAUGAUAUCGCCUGCAUUAAUCCAGAACACUGUUUCCAAGUCUGCGGGAGCAGAGCUGGAUGCUCUAACAUCGCCUACCCACGUCUGGUGAUGAAACUUGUGCCGGUUGGUCUGCGGGGACUGAUGAUGGCCGUGAUGAUUGCUGCACUGAUGAGUGACUUGGACUCGAUAUUCAACAGUGCCAGCACCAUAUUCACACUUGAUGUCUACAAACUCAUUCGGAAGAGCGCGACGUCCAGAGAACUGAUGAUUGUAGGAAGAGUCUUUGUUGCGUUCAUGGUAGUUAUAAGCAUUGCCUGGGUCCCGAUAAUUGUAGAGAUGCAAGGUGGUCAGAUGUACCUUUAUAUUCAAGAGGUAGCAGACUAUUUGACCCCGCCAGUGGCUGCUCUGUUUCUUAUGGGGAUCUUUUGGAAGCGUUGUAAUGAGCAGGGGGCUUUCUAUGGCGGAAUGGCCGGGUUUGUUCUUGGAGCGAUACGGUUGAUACUGGCGUUUAUCUAUCGUGCUCCGGAGUGUAACCAGCCGGAUACUAGGCCAAGCUUUAUCAAAAACAUCCAUUACAUGUACGUUGCGACAGCUCUGUUCUGGAUCACUGGGAUUGUCACCUUUGUAGUAAGCCUCCUCACGCCUCCGCCUACAAAGGAGCAGGUUCGGACGACUACUUUCUGGGCCGUGAAAAACAGGAACAUAAAAGAGAACGCUGCAAAGGGGGAGCUGUACAAAGUGCAAGAAAAGAGCAUCCUCAAGUGCAAUGAAAACGCUAACCAUAUCAUUCCAAACGGGAAAUCUGAAGAAAAUAUUAAAAAUAUUAAGCCGGAGGAUAUCAAUCUUCUGGUUACUUGCAGAGAUGACAGCAACCCGGUGAUUUCUGUGAGUCACUCUGAAGUCGAGACGCCAGUUGAUUGUUAUUCGAACGGACAAGCGGCUUUGAUGGGGGAGAAAAAGCACGAGGAAGAGACUGAUGAUAGAGAGAGACAUUUGAAAUUCAUAGAUUGGUUCUGUGGCUUUAAAAGUAAAACCAUGAACAAGAGAGCUGUUCGGGAGAUUGAGGAAGAGACUGUCUGUUUACAAAUGCUGGAAGAGACUCCAAAAGUUAAACUAUUACUAAAUACUGGACUGGUCUGUGUCUGUUCGCUUGGAAUAUUCAUGUUUGUCUAUUUCUCUUUGUGAGUGAAUAGUGAACUUUUAAGGGUAUGGCUAAACAUACAGAAGUUGAUACAGGUCUCUGGAGAUUUUGUUUGUUUAGUGCUUUUUUUUUUUCCUUUGCAAAUAACAUAACCACAACCCAGGCAUUGUUUACGCUAUAAUUGUAAGAUCAACUUUAGCCUAUUUAGAGACCAUUUGAGACAUGUUGUCCUAUCUCUGCUGAAGGCAGAAGUGUCAUGUGGUGUCUUUUUCUUUUUUUCCUUUUUGUCUUUUUUUUUUUUUCCAUUUGCAGUACUAACCUUUUAUUUUUCCAUGUAUACAUGUAUAAAUAUACCAAAGGCAGGCAGGUGGCUGUGUUUGAAGUCAGGUGGUAACAGAGCUCAGCCAGCGUUAAGGUGAAGAUAACCAAGUAAUCAUUUAUCGAUGUGUAAAAUCUAAAUGAUUAAAGCUGUGUUGAAAGAUUUUUUGAAUGUAGGGCUGCAAUGCACAUUGCUGUGUAGUCAUUCUUUGUAACAUAGCUGUAUUACCUUGGCCAAAUUAGCACUUUUUCAUUUUGCUCACUGCUUCUAGGUGUUUGGCUUUUUUUCAGUUUCUCGUUUCUCAGUAACAGGAAUAUAUUUUGUCUCAUCAUUUUGUCUCAUCUUGAAGUGCUUAAAACAUAAUAGCUGUUAGUAGCUUUCUGUCUUUUUUUUCUAAGAAAAUCUUUGUCUUUUGAUUUUUAUCCACUGUAAAUUCCAUUGCUGAAAAGUUGCUGUAUUUAAAAAAAGAAAAAAUAACCCAAACGAUUAAACUCUGGAAAUGACAAACUGGCAAUGGAGGAGAAGGGGAAAAAGGAAAAAAAGAAAUACUCCUUAUUUGGGUUUUGUAGUAUAUUGAGAUAAGAAAGUAUAUGCAGCCUAUUCAGCCUCCAAACCUUGAGGACCUAAUUAGUAUUGGCCCCUUAGAAAAAUCUGUACAUAGGUUCUACCACAUGAGAAAAAGAGGCGUGUGAAACUUUGCAUGUCUUCAGUUUUGUAAGCACACUGAAAAAUAACUCUUCCUCUGCUGUGUAUGUCUAGAAGGAAAUACUCUGCAGCCCUGCCAUUUCUGCAUACGGAGUCUGUAAGGGGAGAAAAGCAAGUAGAAAGACAAGAGGAAGAGGAAGUGGGGGAAAGAGUUGGAAGUGGACCUUAUUUUUUCAGAGUCUUUCUGCCUCAUGCCUUCUCCCACUUCCCCUUUCACCCUGUCAAACCUUGUUUUUCUAAGGAAUGACUCCUGAGGGAUUUUAUGUCAGGAGAUAGAGUGUGUGCAGUUGUAAUCUGUGUCGGCAAUUAAGGUCUGCCCUUAAGAUUCUUCAAAAAAAGUAAAACUUUUCCCAGGUGAUCACAGAUGAUCAGUAGGUCUUGAGAUGCUGAGGUUCUUUUCUCCCAAAGGAUGGAUGCCUGAGGCAGGGAUGAACAGUUGCCAGGUGUGGAGGGCAUAUGUGUGCAGCAGGUUGGUGGGAGCUCAGCAGACCAAAAAGCCGCAGAGCUCAGCCCACUUCCCCCUUGGUGAAGCAGAAGAAUGUGUUGCCACCCUGGGUGCUCUAGCCCUUAGGCUUAAACCAAGUCAGAGCCUGGUUUUGGGCACAGAGAUCAGCUGACAGCAUGUGGCUGUACUAGUAGUGUUAGACUCCUUUUACCCUCCAGGACAGAGAGGUCAUAUCCAGGCUUCCCAUGAAAAUAAUUCCUCCAGUUGUCUUUGAUCCCAAGCUUGUCUCAGGACUUGUUUGGCAGAGCACAAACUGGCUAAGCCAAAAACGGUCUGAGGGACCAUGCUGACAGUCCAAUGGCAUUGAUUCACGGGUCCAGCAAUGUUUCCUUGGCACAUAAACGGGAACCAGUCCCUACAGGUGAAUUAGUUCUGUAGAGAUGAAACUUGGGUUAAUCCUGCCUUUGACUGCUGGAGAAAGUUUGCUUUCCAGUGCAGUGGUGCUGUAAGCUGCAGGCCGUCCAAACAGCUUUUAGUAGUAUGCUAUGAUACAUAUUUCCAUAUAAAAUGACCAACUUCCAUGUUUGUAGGGUUUUUUUUUUUUUUUGUUUAUUUGUUUUGUUGUUGUCUUUAAAUCAAUUGAAUCUAUUCAUUCCGAGUUUUUAAGCAGAGGCCAAGAUGCCCCACCUUUCUCCACGUUGUUUAGUUAUUGCUGCUGGAAAGUGGACUACUCUUAACUGGAAAUACAGUAAUAAGUGCAGGAGUGGUGGUGUGAUACAUGUAGAAGAGGGGAGUUACCAUACUUUAGUCUUGAUGUUGAUACAAGUGUGACAAGACACAUCAUCUUACGGUUGUGUGGCUGGCUUUGUUGAGAAGAAUAUUUUAGAUUCUUUUUAAUGGUAAAAUUGUAGUGUAUGAAAUAUGUUAAUGGCAUCUCAAGUGAAACCAUUAGUGGGCCGAGCUGGGAAGGAUGGUACUUUAACAAUGAUAUAAAACAGUUAAUUGCUUCUAUACAGAAUAAAGUAAUCUAGGGCAAAAUUUGAUCUUAGUGGGCUGAAAAAUAAAAACUUGUGGAGGGUAAAGAUAAAUCUCAGUCCAAUAACAUCUUCUUGAAAAUGCUGGGAUCUGGCUAAUAUGCCUAAUUUGGCACAGGGAAAGAGAGACUCGUGUACCAGGCACUGUCCCUUAGUAACUUGGCAUGUCUUUCUAUCAGUGACUGGUACUUGAAUUUUUCAGACCGGUCCUCUUUGCUCUCAGUAUUAACAAAUGCAUUGCCACCUAACCUGUGAAGCCAGGUUAGCUCAGGGACCCUUUUGCUUGGCUGCCAUUGCUUCAUCUGUGCUUGCUUUUUUUCCCAGGGUGCCUUAUGUGGUUAUGAAGCUGAAGGCAUGGCUUUUAUUGCCACCAGAAGAGUGGUUUACUUAUAAUGGCUUUUUCCCUCCUCUCUUCCCCAACCCAAGUCACCUGCUAUUUAAAGAUGUGAUACUGCCUGUCUCCUGUGCAGUAUAAUUACAGUCAGAUCCAUGGUGUGGCUGGGAGUCAUAAUCCUUGACAAACGUACAGUGCAGCCUUUGACUGCAGAAUCUGAGAUACUCCCAUCUCCCAGUUAAUGCAUUCUCACUCUUGUAAAACUAACAAGUUGCCGCAUUAAUCACAGUAGUAAUUGGCAGUCAGUCAGGAUCUUAAUAAAGUAAUACUUUGCAUCCCCCCAUCUUUAGACUUGUUAUUGUGAGGAAGCUUUUAAGCAAAUUAUUUCUCCAGUGCUUUUUUUCUCAAGUCAUUUAAAAACGUGUUUCUAUGCUACUCUCUGCCUAAUGCCGGCCUCUUCAGUCGUAUUCUGUUUUCAUGUCUUAGACAUCAUAGAACUUGCUAAUGUCCUUUGCUGCGUAUAACCACUUAAUAAAAGGCCUUUAUUAAAGAAAAAAAAUAAAAAAUUGCAAGGCUUCAAGCAAACGGUCUUGGUGAGCAAGUGCUUUGCCCUGUGUUAUGGACCUUAGCAGAAGAAGUUGCUUGAGGGUUUUUUAUAGCGUAAACAUGCCUUUGCUAAUCUGUGUGGUCUGUGUGCAAGGGGUAUUAACCCAGGUUAAUACAACUUUGGUUUAAACACCAACUUUUCGGUCCGGUAAAACUACAGAAGUGUCUCCCACAGUGGACAAUCAGUUCCAUAAAUUUUAAUGCCUGGCCUCCUUGGUAGGACUGGCUAGUCAUGCAGGCAUAGAUCCAGGAGGACACGUUUUUCUGUCUUGCAGCGAUUGGUUUAUUUAUUGCCUUGAGCUUAGAAUGACAGUCUUGAAAAACUUAUUUUGGAAUGACACCUUUUUUGUUGUUGUUGUUUCCAUUAACUUAUUUUUCUGUUAAGAUAUCUGAGUUUCUCCCAGAAGUUUAAGAAACCUUUUAUUAAAAAAAAAAAAAAGGUGGCUUCUUGAGAGCUUAAUAGUAUGCUCUGGGAGACUGUUCUUAUUUAAUUUUUUUUUUAAAAUGAAUGAUUUGAUGCUUUUCUCUGCCAAAGUUUGGGGAUUUUUGUUGGUUCUGUUAUUUUUCAUGUUAGCUUUUACUCAUACCUGAAAGGAAACGGUGAGAGAUUGUAAGAAAUUAAAAUGGCCUUCAAUAUACCGCUUGUGUAUUUUCUACUUCUCAACUUCUGUGUUCCCCUUUCUACCCUAAACCCAGAAGGGCCAGCAUGAGACUUCUGAUGCAAGUCAUGAGCGUACUGUAACUGAGUAGUGAAAAGGAUUUCUCACAAGGUUACAGUGAAGUGGGCAGAGCCAUCAAAGGAUCUCUGCGUGAACACUUAAAGCAGAAAAUGCUUACAACUUUAAAACGUACAGCUUUAUUUUUUUUAUAUAUAUAUUUUUUUAAAUCCUAAGAUAAAGGAGGUGUUGGGAGAUGCUCCCUUUUCAGAGAACAGGAUACUUGGAAGAAGUUAGAGCUUAGCAACUCUAGCUUUCUUGAGGAAAUCUUUGGAUUUAGCAUGUAUAGCGAAGCAAAAAUACUCAUCUGUUAAUUUGGUAUUCUGUAUGUUCUGUGCCCUUAAAUGUAAUUGUUUUGAAAAUAAAACUAACCUUGUUAUGUGAUGUUAAAAAGCAGACUUGUGUGCAAUGUUUUAAUUUUUUUUUAAAGAAAAUGUUUGUAUAUAAUUAAAUGGUUUAAUGUGCUUUAAUUGGCCUAAGGUAAAGAGUAGUCCUAGAAUGUAAACAUAUAUAAUUAGGAUUCUGAUUUCACUGUGAGAUCUCUGAACUCUCUUGUUUUGCAAAGUGGUUUGUUUUGUUUACAAAACACUUUCUAUUAUUUCUUUUAUGGUGUUGGUUUAAAGGCAUUUGCUUCACUUCUGUUCUAAUAUUGAAUUCAUAGUAUAGUGACAUCUGGUGACACUUAGCAUUAUCAGUUUCACUGUGUAAAGUCAGACACUUUGAGCAAAAAUGGUAAUGAUAUGACAAUUCUCUGUGUCUAUGAAUACACGUUUUUAAAUGAGGUGGUUAUAAAAAUAGUUGCUGUGCAAAAUGUUAGUAGUCUUCUUCAAGAAGAAAGCAAAUUUUCUAAUAUCACUAGAGCAGUCUCUUCAUUCAUCUUCUUAUUUUUAAAGCACAGUGUCAAAGUGAUGCUGCUUUACCUUGUAUCUCUGAUAUAAUGUUUUUUCAGAUAUCUGUGAAGUAUUUUUGUUUUUUGUUGCUGUUGUAUUUUUCUGCAGAUUUUAUAUAAAAUACCAGUUAAUGAACUGCCUUUUUGUUUUUUUUAACUAUUCAACUAAAAUACAUUUCAGACCAAAACCAAAUGAUAUCAUAUAGCAUUUGAAACCUGCCUUUUUCCUUGUCCUUUGUUUUUUUUUGGUUUUUUUUGAAAUAAGCCAAAUGGGCAUGUAGAUAAGAUCACUAUAAUGGAUCCAGGUCUCUUUUGGUAAAGUGUUAUUUAAAGGUCUGUUAAGAUCUUAUAAGACAAUAUACUGAAAAAAAAAUAUUGUAGUAGGAAUAUAGAUUUAGAAGUGUUAAUGAGAUUAAUACAGCUUAAUUAUAUUGUAAGUUGCUACUGUCCAUAAUGACAAGCUUUUUGUCAUAGAAACGAUGUAUGAUAAAUUAAUUUUGGUCUAGUGUAUAGAAUUAUCAUAUUGCUAUAAAUCUUUGAAGUAAAUCUGAUGCAAAAUUUUCAUAGUUAGCAUUGCUGGCCCUGUGUAUACUGUUCUUUGUAUACUGUAUGCAUAUUAUUUUGCCUACUGCAUUAGUCUUCAAACUAAAACUCUUAUUAGAGAGUAUUUGGAUACUUCAGACUGUGUUUCUUGCAGUUUACAUUCCUUUACCAUGGCAUUUUGUCCUGUCUAAAAGUAUUGUAUGGAAAUGUUUAAAACUUCUGUACAAAGUUUCAAUAAAAAUAGAGAAAAAAAAAAAAAA